CACCUGUCCAGCUAAUUUGCAUACAAAAGUUAAGCUGAAAUGGAGGGUUUACCUGUGUCGUAGUGUCAAAAUAUAUGUAAACUAAACCAAAGGUCAAUUUCUGUUUUAUUUUGUUGGAAAGUAUCAUAACUUGUAUUGCUAGCUAUAUCAAGUUAUAUAGUGGAUUAUCUUUAAAAGUUUCAACUAUGUUUCUGAUGUCGGGUGUCGUCGUUUUUUUAUUUGGCUCUGCCAUGGCCAUCUCUGUCCAGUGCCCCACCAAGAAAUAUGUAGUUAUCCUGUUCCAGCCAGUUACACUUACCUGCAACUACCAGACAUCAUCCAUUCAGCCACCAGUGGUGACCUGGAAGUACAAGUCAUUUUGUCGAGAUCCCAUCCAGGCAGCACUGAAUCCCAGCAGUGCUGACAAUGCUCUGGCCCAGGCAAACCCUAAUUACAAUCCAAACAUCGAAUGUUCCGAUAGCACACGGACUGUUCGUAUUGUUGCUUCCAAACAGGGCAGCACCGUCAGUCUUGGAGAUUAUUAUCAGGCCCGCCAAAUCAGCAUCAUCAACAAUGCAGACCUAAGCAUAGCACUGACGGCUUGGGGUGAUAGUGGCGUCUAUAUUUGCUCUGUAGUCUCCUCUCAGGACCUUACAGGAAACAGUGAAGACUAUACGGAGCUUAUAGUUCUGGAGAGAAAGUCUAAUACUACAGACCUCCUGCCUGGCAUUGACUUACUGGUCAUGGAAGACUGGUUGCUGGUGGUAUUGGUGGUGUUGGGCUUCCUGUUACUUGUGCUCUUCAUUGCGAUUUGCUGGUGCCAGUGCUGCCCGCAUACAUGCUGCUGCUAUGUCAGCUGCCCUUGCUGUCCUGAGAAGUGCUGCUGUCCCAGGGCUUUGUAUGAGGCAGGAAAGGCGGUGAAGUCAGGUGUGCCGAGCAUGUACGCCCCCACCCUCUAUGCCCCUAGUAUGUACGCUCAGCCCCCAUAUGGCAGCAUGGUGCCAAACCCCUCUGCCAUCCCAAUGCUGCCCAUGCCCACUGUCCCCCCAUCAAACGGUUAUGGCCAAGACUUGGAUGGAGCCAGUUCAGUUGGACAAGGCUCCCAGGUUCCUUUACUGCACGAUAGGGACACUGGGGGCAGCGGAACACGCAGUGGUUACCGCAUCCAGGCCAACCCCGAUGGAAAUGCCACUCGUGUGCUGUACUACAUGGAGAGGGAGCUGGCCAACCUGGACCCCACUGGACCCGGCGAUAGCUCGGGCAAUUACAACCGCUUGAUGGACAGGAUGAGCGAGGUCAGCUCGCUGCACGAUGACCUGGGCUCCCGAAAUCGUGGCAGAUCGCAGGCACCUCACCUGAGCACGGUGCCAGACCAGGACGAGAACAUGAGCACUAUUAGUAGUGUGUCCCAGUAUGCCCGGCGCAACCACAGAGGGCCAGGGGGCAGUGAUGCACCCUCUGGGGGAUACAUGGGUGCCCGUGGACGGGCACGCUCUGUCGAUUACCUGGAUGAUGUUGCUCAUAGUUACCAUGACAACUAUUCUCCCCCACGGGAUGAAAGAGGAGCUAGAAGAGGCAGAGGAGGGUUAGAUGAAGGAAGCAUUUCUAGUGACUAUAACCGAUAUGACAGGAACAGGCCUGAUUACUCGCGUGAUGACUGGCACCCAAGGGGAAGCAGAUAUGAGGGCAGGCGCAGCCGUAGCAGAGAUGACCUGACAGACCUUGAGAGGGAGUAUGGGAGGGGUGACAGAGAUUACUAUGAUGAUAGCUUCCUGACGGAGGCACUGCAGAGGAAGAAAAUGGGUGAACAGCAACGGAUCCGCAACCCAAACAUCCAUAGCAGAGAUGACCUGGUGGACCUGGAGAGGGAGCGUGGGAGGGGUGACAGGGAUCACUAUGACGAUGGUUUCCUGAAGGAGGCGCUGCAGAGGAAAAAAAUGGGUGAGCAGCAGCGGGCCCGCAGUCGCGACAGGCUGGACAGUGAGAGUGAGCGCUCAGAGCGUAGCAGAACAGGGCGCGGGCCCCCGCCUUUACCCCUAGUGCCACCAUCCUCCUACCCUGACCAACGAAAUGACAACUUCCCGCCCCCUCCCCCACCCUACAGUGAGGAUGAGAGCGUGGCGUCUUCCAAGAAAAGCAACCUGCGAAAGAAUGGAGCUGUGAGUCGGGAGAGCUUGGUUGUGUAAAGUGCAUUAAGUAUGGGAAUCUGUUUCUGGAAAAGAUUACAGAAUAAAUCUGUAGCAUGUUUUUAUUCCAUUUUAUGAACUACUACUAGUACUUAUUUGUAAAGCUUAUUGAAUACCUUUGGCUUUGUGUGCAUAUGCUUUUCUAAUCAGUCAGUAAAAAUGGGCAGGUUUAGGCUUGAGUUGAUACAAAUUUAAUUGCUUGGAAUCCCUGAACAUUAAACUGUAUGUAGCCUUGAUUCAUUAUUUGCAUAUCCGCCUUUUCAAUAUGAAUAGCUAUGUACAUCUUUUUUUUCAUAAUAAGUCAACAAGUGCAUUUUUAUAUGGAGAACUUUUCUGUCUUUUUAUCCUAAACAUUUUGUAUGUAGCUAAAUAUGUUAACUUUAACAAUAUAAUUGUCUGUGACAUUCUUGCAGGUGAUUGGUGUCUGUGAAAUAUUGAAUAUUGAAUAUUACAUGUUUUGAAUUUGGUUGCUUACCAUUGACCUAUUUUUGUAAACUUUUUUUUAUAUAUUUUUUUUUUCCAUCAACCCCCUUUCACCCAUACCUAAAUUAUAGUAUGUAAAUGGUGAAAUGAUUACAAGUGGAUCUUUUUCUUUAAAAUCUUAACCUCCCUGGCAUGGAAUUCCCAGUAGCAGAAGGCAGCUGAAGAAUCCACAGAAUGGUGCUGGAGAGUGGCUUGCCCACACACACGCGCAGAUGACAAAAUACUGUCGUCAUAAGCCAGCAUAGCUUAUACUGUGUCCAAAUGGACAAAUGGGAUUGAAAGAGUUCUUUUGGCAGUCCUUCUCUGUUGAUGUCAUAUAUCCCAGUGUUCUCUUUAAAAUUCCUUGUCCCCCAGUUGCUGUCAUUAACAAUGCCUUAUUUGUUCAUUCAGUUCUAUAUCAUGUCACUCUCUAAAUGCUUUUGAUUUAGUUAUCUUGCUGAAAUACCACAAACCAACAGUGGAAGUGAGUUAUGGCUGUAUUUGUUGCUGUAUGGUUUUAUUCAACCAGCAUGUAAUGUCUUGAAAAUGUAAAUUCAUUGAUUUAAUUUUUUUUUAAAUAAAUUCAUUUUUUAAAAUCCCAA